GACUUUGUUCGUAUCGCUGCUCGUGGCGAGCGUCGUCGUCGCCUCCCCCGGGGGGAAGGGCUUCCGUCGUCCAUUCCUGCAUGGUCCUCCCCUCCUUGUCCACCAUGCCCCCAUUGUCCACCCAGUUCCUAUUGUCCACCCGGUCCCCAUUGUCCGCCCAGUCCCCGUCUUCCACCCAGUCCCCGUCGUCCGCCCAGUCCCCAUCGUCCACCCAGUCCCCGUCGUGCAUCACGCCCCAGUCUUCGUUGGAGGAUUUGGAGGAGGUUUUGGCAAGGGCAAGGGACGCUAACCUUCCCCGAUUCAUUCAAGAAUGAAUAUCACUACUAGCUUGAUUCCUUUGUAGGAAUCAAGGAAUCAAUUCACUACAAACUUGAUUCCAAACACAAACAGACUUCCCAGAUGAUCAUCACCCUAUGUGUUGUUCUCCAACGCUUGGAAUUUACUUAUAGUGACCUGCCCAAUGUUUGACAUUCACAGUUUGGGUCAGUUCCUGUUUUCCCUUGCAAUAUUUUACCAACAAACUUUUUUCAUUGGCAACCGUAACUUUCCUAGACUUGAAACGCAGCCCCUCCGUUAAUCAUAUAAACAUAUGUAAAUAUUCAUAUCAAAAAAUUAGCAUGCAGAAUCCUUACAUCAAAAAUUAUUUCGUGAAUGUGAUGUAAGGUGUAAAUUGUACAAUUAACCUGACAACCCACCACAGGAUGAUGAGUGCAUAUUUAUUUCAAAAAGAAA